UACAGCCAUGCAGUUUGCAUGCUAAUUGGUGUGCCACUAGUUAAUACUACCAAUUGCAGGAAACGAGGCGGAGAGGUGCAUCAAGACGUGCGUGCGGUAAUUAACCCCUCGGUAAUUAACACAGUGGAGUACUACAUAAUGGGGGCGGCUGGAGGGCGGAUGUGUCAACAUUUCUCCCCUUCCAAAUCGCAAUGCCUAAAACGGUUACUCCGAAGGUUGAAGACACGGUGCUCCAGUGUUCCUCCUGCUCCGAUCCCCUCGUGCCCUUGCAGGUCUAGAAGUGCGACGAUUCUCAUCUAGUCUGCGAGUCCUGCUUCAACACUACUCCCCGUUGCAAGAAGGGCAAGACUAACCAUGGUGGCGAAUUGACGAACGAGCCUGCUUGUACUUGCACGGAGACCGACUGCCACUUCACCGCCGCGCCGCCGCAGCUCGUCGCCCACCUCGAAGCGGUACACUCGAUCAAAGUGCACUCCAUCGCGUAUGGCGACACCAAAGUGCUUACGGAGAUGGUGCCGCUGGCGUGCUCGGCGUACCGGCGGGCCAUCAUCAUCGGGGCGGACAGCGCCGUGUUCGUCCUGACCUUUGGGGCGGUGGAACACUUCACCCUCGUGUCUGCGGUGUGCGUUAGGAGGAAGGAGUGCGAGUCGCCGGUCUACCGGGUGAGGAUGUGGGCGGAUAUACCGUACCGUUUUAAUGGCUUCGGGCGUGAUGGGCGCAAGAAUAUCGCGUCGGUGGAUCUGGAUGCGUCUUCCUCCAAUAAGCCGAGCGACAUCGCGUUUCGGGAUGUCACGUCUUACCUGGCGGUGCCGCCGAGCUACCUUGUAUACAAUAUUCUUGAAGGACAAUCAGCUGGUUGCGACACACUUACUUUCUCCAUUCGCAUCGACUGUAUUGCGGAUGCAAGCUCCUGUUAAAUUUUAGUUGCAGAACGAUCCAGUUCAUAUAAUCAGGAAGGGUUCCUGAUUUUAGAGGAGUUGUACUUGUCGUACUACUAAGUACUACUACUAGUAAUAUGUAUGGAGUCAAUAUCCAAUGAUAGUUCGGUGGAUGU